UAGUCUAAUGACCGACAUCGCUGUACAACCUGUUCCCGUCGACGCCAUGCAGGGCGUCGUUGCUUCUGUGCCUGCCGCAAUGGCCGCUGCCCCGGCGCCGGUGGCUGCACCUGCCCCACCUCCCGAGCCGGAACACGCUUCGGAGACGCUCUACAUCCAGAAUCUCAACGAGAAAAUUAAGAUACCAGUGCUGAAGGCAUCGCUUCGUAGCCUUUUCAAGGCAUAUGGUGAAGUACUGGAUGUUGUCGCGCAUGGAAACUUGAGAAUGCGUGGACAGGCAUUUGUUUCCUUUGAGUCCGCUGAGGCUGCGAAAAAAGCAUUGAAGGAGGUCAGGGGAUUCCCGCUAUACUCAAAGCCUAUGCAAAUCUCGUUCGCCAAGACACGGUCAGAUGCAGUGGUCAAAAAAUUGGAUGCUGCGCACUAUGAGCAGCACAAGGCACAGAGAUUGGAGCAUAAAAAGUCAACUCGCUAUACCAACCCUCUCAAACGCAAAUAUCGCGAGCGGAGAAUGGCUGCAGCAGUGGACGGUGCUGGUGCAGCACCAGUGUCCAAGCGGCCAAACGUUCAGAUGCCGGACGAAUACUUGCCACCCAACAAGAUUCUGUUCUUGCAGAACCUCCCGGAAAGCGUCAGCAAGGAUCAGCUCAUGGCGCUUUUCUCUCAAUAUCCAAAUCUGCACGAAGUGCGUCUUAUUCCGACAAAGAAGGACAUUGCAUUCGUCGAGUACAUGGACGAAGCGAGUGCAACUGUUGCAAAGGAUGCCCUCCACAACUACAAAUUGGAUGGCGAAAACAAGAUCAAGAUCACCUUCGCCAGGAAGUAGAAGAAGACGCCCUUCCUGUCUUGCCCGCCACAUUUAUGGAUGCACAAAUUCCUUUAAUUCGAAUGGGUCAGACUGAAGUAUGAUGAAGCCACCCAAUCGUGAUGAAGACGAUGCUGUCGAGUGUCAUCUUGCUCUGUAUUAUACGUGCAUGUCAUGUGUUGUAGUUGAACCAAGUUCUUGCGCAGAUACAUUUCCGUUCUUAUAAGGAUAGCCGUGCC